GGCUCCUAUAACAAGUAGUUUUGUUACCAGAGUCACUGGCAAAAUCUUUUAAUCGUGGAGAAAUAUGGCUACAAAACAUCUUGCAAAGCAGCUUGGAUUCAUUAGGAGAAGCUCUAAAUUCUCUGUGACCUCUAAGAACGGCUGCAGCCCCAAAACUAAACAGUUUUUUCAAUACUUGAUUGUCAUUGAUUUUGAGUCCACAUGUUGGAAAGACGCAAAGCAUUAUGGUCAAGAAAUUAUUGAAUUUCCUGCGGUUUUAUUAAACACAUCAAACGGAGAGAUUGAGUCUGAAUUCCGCACUUAUGUUCAGCCUCAGGAACAUCCCGUCCUCUCUGCCUUCUGUACAGAACUAACCGGUAUAAAACAGCAACAAGUGGAUGAAGGGGUUCCCUUAAAGAUCUGUUUGUCCCAGUUCUCAAGCUGGAUCCGCAAAAUCCAAGAAGAGAAGAGCAUCAUUUUCCCUAGCGUGAUGCCAGCCCAUGCAACCUCAGAACAGCGGAUGUGUGGUUUUGUAACUUGGUCAGACUGGGAUUUGGGCGUCUGCUUGUUGUACGAAUGCAAAAGAAAACAGAUUAGAAAACCUGAAAUCUUAAACUCCUGGGUGGAUCUCAGGUUGACGUACAAGCUUUUUUACAAUCGCAAACCAAAAGGAUUAAAUGGCGCAUUACAGGAUUUAGGAAUUGAAUUUGCUGGAAGGGAACAUUCUGGUUUGGAUGAUUCCCGUAACACUGCAAAGCUCGCCUGGAGAAUGAUUUGUGAUGGGUGUGUCAUGAAAAUAACCAAAUCCUUAGACAAGGUAAAACCCAAGAUGUCCUCUGCACACCCCCCUCAAGAAUUACCAGCGCAAAACUCCAAUUCAGAUAAAAAAAGUGGUGACCAGGUUUCGUUAACCAUGAUAAGGAACAACAAGCAAACUUCAGAAAGUGAGACCUCUUCUAUUUGCGGACAACCCUCUAACAGACUGAAUGUCCAACAAUCUCCAGGUACUAAAUCCUUAGUCAAACCCAGUGUCCGAGAGACAUUCACACCUCAGACCAUAAUAAAUGGACUCUCUGUGACCCUUGGCAAUACAAAUAAACACUGUUUUUCCAACCAAACGUCCCUCAAUACUUUGCAAACUGGGAAACAAAUAGGAUCCUUUACAUCUACACCUAUUGAAAGCAACUCUUCUGGUUUGGGGCAUGUACUAAUUUCCACCACAGUUUCAUCUGUGAAUGACAUUUCUGGAUUGGAUAUCAGCUAUAGUUCUGACUGCUUGUCUAUGUUAGCUGAUUGGGAAGAUGCCGCAGUUAUAGAAGAUACUCAAGAAGAACCCAUUGACAAAUCUACCCAGCCACAUGAUCAAGUGCCGUUAAUUUCAAUGUCAACAUCAGAAACAAGUGUAGAAAAUUAUAAUGGUUUAAAUGGUAAAAGUGUUAUCUUUAAACCACAGAUUACCAGUGUCAAUUCGAUUGUUUACAAAAGCCCAAAUACGACCAUCUAUAACACAAACUCAAAACAACCUGUCUCUAGUUGCUCAACUUUUAAGUUGCCUGUUGCAUUGGGAAACAGAUCCGUUAACGCCAGUGUUCAACAAUCUCUAAAAUCUUUCUUUCCAAAGAGAAAGCUUUCAAGUGUGAGCUUUUACUCCCCACCAAAAAAACAACCUUUUACCAUACACAGAGAUCAAAGGUCAGUAGGUAACUGUUCCUUACCUUUGACCUCAAAUCAUUCUCGCAGUACAAAGUCUUCAGUUUUAAAGUCUACGACCAGCACAAAUGGCACAAUCAGGUCAUUGAAAAAUAGCAAAUUCACAGCACCUUUGUGUAACUGUGGUCGAAGAGCUAAGAGACUUACUGUUUCAGCUGUUGGCCCUAACCAGGGCAAAGGGUUUUAUACCUGUUCUGUAAGGAAACGUAAUGAUGAAAACGGAAAAGGUUGUGAAUAUUUUAAAUGGGAGCAUACGCUCAUUAAGGAGAAGGCAGCAAAUUCCUCGGUCUUGUUUUCCACCAGUGGAAUGUCUUUUAAUGCAACAGACACAAGUCUAGUUUCUACGGGACCCUCUGCUUCAAACAGAAGCUUUUUUGGUUUACGUCCAUCUAUGAGAACAUAGCACAGGGUUGUUCAACGUUGUCCUGUGUUGUUGUUUUUUAAAGUUUUCUUAAAAGUUGUGUGAAUUGCAUAAUCAUUUCUCUCCACAAAAAAACGUUUCUCUUUCAUCAGUAGUUCACAGAUUUGAUCAAUUACAUGCUUUAUUUUGUAUAAAGAAUAUUGUAUAAUACAAAUGACUAAUGGCUUUCCUAGACUCAAAGUAACCCUAAAGUAUUUGCAUUCCUACCAAAUCUGUAAAUAUGUGUUUUGUUUUUUUAAAUAACUUAUUUAUUUUAAUGUAACAUGAAUUAUUUUUUUUAACGAUGGACUUGUCUUUUUUUUUAAUGAGCAAAUAUAAAGUGUAAUGCCUGAUUUAUUUUAAUACCUAGUUAUUCCAAUUACAGGGACAUUAAAAUCAAAAUUAAAACGUUGUGAUUCAGAUAGAGCGUGCAAUUUAAAAAAAAAAAGUAUUUUCAGUUUAUUUUUGUUGUCAAACUGACAUUUUUUGUUUGUUAGUCUUUGUUGAAUCUUUACUCCUUUCUAUGAGAGCAUACUGAGGUAGGCUCAGGAGUGUGCAUGUGUAUGCUGGCAAUGUUUGUAACAUUGCUUUACAAGCAACCUGUAGAAGGGAGCAUUAGAGUGCAGUAGUUCAGCAGUAUGAUAAACAAAAAUAGUGCUGUUUAGCUAGAAGCACUGCUUAAUAAAUAAUACAACACAGACAAAGAGCAUCUGUCUUUGAUUAGGAAACAUCCAGUUCCUGUGUGCAGUAGUAUUAAGCACAGGCAGGGCAGGGGGUGUUUUUUCCUGCUUAAUAAGUUAGAAAGUUUUUUGUUUUUGUUUUUUUUAUUUGUACACUGACUGAAUCGACAUCAGAAACGUUUAACGAAGCAGUAUAAUGUAAAAUAUUCUCCCCUUUUAUGUGUUCCCUAUUAUCUAUUUUACUUGCUGCAGUGUAUUAAAUUGUGUACACAUAGCUCCUUUAUCUUUAUUUUUACAUUAUAAAUAUCUGCUUUUGCCUGUUGAAUCUGCCAUUUAUAAUACAAAUGUCAAUACUGCAGUAAUGACUACAGUAAACAAGAUCCAGUAGAAGAAAUCACACUCCCAGUGGUGGUAGGUGAGAGAGAGGUACCAGAAAAUUCAUUUUAAUUGCUCUCUAGGUAUUGCCCUGUAUACAGAGAAUAAGAUCAAUUGGCUUUUGUGCUUAUAGAGAGUGAUACGAUGAGGUCUGCUCUCCGUUCAAGCUCAGGCCAUUUCAAUGGGUUGUAGCUUAAUAAGCAAAAGCAGCUAUUUUAUAUACAAAUAAACCUAAAGGUGCAUUUCCCUAUACAUUUUAUACUAUGCAGCUGAUAUAAUAAAUCAUUGAAACACAUUAUGGGGCAUCCAAUGAUUCUCAUUCACUUAAUUGCUUUUCCUUGGUAGAGUUGUUUUCACAAAUACCAAAGAAUAUUCACUAACGCACUUUUCCGCUGAUUCAUACUCUCUAAUUGCACAAAUCCUGUGUUCUACAAAACGACCAUAGACAUUAUGAGAUUUAGUAAUUCCACAAUAAUGUGUGUUGUUCCACAAUAUCCGAAAACGUGUUUGUAAACUGCUUUUAUAUUGUGUGUAAUAUAUUACUUUUAAACAGAUUGUAAUGAACUUAUUAACAUUUUUACUGAAUAAAUAUUAAAUAAAAUACCAACUUUUUAUUUUUUUA